AUGUCACAUCUACGAUUCACACAUCUAGCUCCGGUGGCCAUCAAAGUGAUCGAGAAGAGCCGCUGCACCACAGACGCCUACGUUCGUCGUACCCUGCGCCGCGAGGGUCGCUUGCUCCAGCAAUUACGCCAUGCCAGUCUCAUCCAACUGCUCGAGAUCUUGGAGACCGAGCAUGCCUACUACCUCGCUCUAGAGCUCUGUCCAGGCGACGGUCUUCUCGGGCACAUCGGCUCAACAGGUCGGCUUUCCGAGUCCGUCGCCAGGAGGUAUGCUGCUCAGCUGUUGGCCGGGGUCGCCUAUCUUCACAAGAAUGGGGUCAUGCACAGGUCUGUUGUCGGAUUCUUGCAACCCUGUCUUGUGGUAGCCUAG